AUGCUUGAAAAAUCUUUCAUGUUUGGCUGUCUUUUUGCCUUUUCGCUUUUAAACAAUGUUACGGCAACCGGUGGUCCUACGGCAGCUCAACUUGGUAUUUUAGAUAGGCUGGAUCCUUAUAUCAUCGGACUCGGUACUACUAUUUCACCAGAUGUGCUCGCGACACAUUCGGGCCUAAACCCCGAGGCCGUUUCCUCUAUUCCAGGUCAAGAUGCAACUGUUAGGAUCCACUGGUACGAGAAUAUACUUGUCAGUCAUUAUCUAGAUAAGAACAAGUGCAACCAACCUGAAACGUAUUAUGUUUAUGGUGUCGACAAGCGAAAUAGUGUCGUCAGAGCUCUACAAGAAUAUGCGACCAAAGAGGCGAAAGAGACUCUAGGCAACGACAAAGGCUUUCUUACUAUGGACUUUUCAGCGAAGGCAGUGGCAGCCGCUGUUCCCGUGCCUUGGAACAGCAUUAAGGGAUGGUGGAUAGUGUCGCCCUCCCACAACCCCGAAGAAUUCCAUGAGAAUCGGGCUUACCACAGAUUGCUUCCAUCUAUUCUUAAUACCAUUCGUACUCGCAGGAGGACGUUUAGGCUCGUCAUGCCAGAUCGCCCUAUUUCGAGUAGUGACAAGGCUAUGGAAACACGCGGACCUUAG